UAUGCGCAAUCAUGGCGCAUUUUUGUGUGUCCUUGGCGACGAAGCGGAACCGGAAUUACGAAGGAGAUAUGGCGUAGGGCACAAUGAAUUAUGAGAGAAUCAGUUAGUGUAGCUGGUCCAGCUCCUAAUUUUGACAUUUUGGUGCACAUUUUGCCCUCCUGUCUUCUGAACGAUCACUGUGCCCCGUUAAGACGAGGAUGAGUGCAGAAGCAGCAGACCGUGUGGCCGCUGUGACCAGCAGUCGGCCUGGCACGCCUCUUCAGACUUCCUGGUUUGAGUUUCUCCUCGACGACAGCCUGCUGGAGAAACACCUGCAGAAAUCAAACCCAGACCCAGCACCAGUGCAGCUCAUCAACCAGUUCCUGGAGCAGGCGUCGAAGCCAUCAGUGAAUGAGCAGAAUCAGGUCCAGCCUCCAGCCGACAACCGUCGGAACCGCACAUUGAAGCUGCUUGCACUGAAAGUAGCUGCUCACAUGAAAUGGGAUCUUGAGGUGCUUGAGAAAGGAUUGACCAUUCCUGUGUUAAACAUGCUGCUGAAUGAACUCCUGUGUGUGAGCAAAGUGCCGCCAGGGGUGAAACAUGUGGACCUGGACCUCUCUACUCUUCCUCCCACCACUGCCAUGGCUGUCAUCAUCUACAACCGCUGGGCCAUCAGAACAAUUGUGCUGAGCAGCUUUCCAGAGAAACAAACCAAACCUGGACCCCACCAGAUAAACAUGUUGAAUAUUGUACAGCAGGAGAAAGAAAUGACUGAAAACAUCCUCACUGUGCUAAAGGAGCAGGCGGCUGAUUCCAUCAGUGUGCUGGAAGGAGCUGUGAGACUAAAGAAAGACUUCUACGUUCACACCAUGAGGACUCUGGACCUGCUGGCUGCAGACACUGCUGCCAACGGAGAGACAGAGUCUUCGACCGCAGGGCUUCGCAUCAGCGCCGAUGAGCUGCACUGCCAGGUGCAUUAUGAUUUAGGAGGCAUUUUCUUCCAUCAAGGCUGCACAGACCUGCCAAUCUAUGAGAAGGCUCGGGAUCACUUCAGACAGACAAAGGAACUUUUAAAGAAGCUAGACUCAACAGUUCAUGUUCACCUGGAUGAGAAGCGCCUGGCUGGAUACUGGAACGCCUGUAGAGCUUUGACCGGAGACUGUGACCCCUCUGACCCCCAGACGACACCCUACGACCAGAUUAACAGCCUGAUCCGGGCUCACAACUACCCGGCCGUCAUUGAAGCCUUCAUCAAAGACAACAUAUCGCGCAGUUUGCCAAACCACUUCAGACGGUCUGUUCUCCGGGAGUUCUUGUAUAAAGUCCAACAAGGGGAAUCAGGCCUGGAUGAGGUGUGUCACAAACUCUGUGUCUGCAACGCCAUCCGCGACACUCUGGAAGGAGAGAUCCUCAGCGUGCGUUUUCAGCAGCUGCUCCUUAAGCCUAGCAAACAAGUGGUGGACUUCAUUUUAGAGGUGUGCACACGCUCGCUGGAAAAAGACCGUCCAUCUGAGGCGUCCAGAAGAAACAUGGCUAAUUUCCUGAAGACUCUGUGUGAAAGCUUGGAGGACCUGUCUCUGGUGUUUGUGGUGUCAUCCCAUAAACUCUUCAUGGAGCUGCUGAAGGAGGAAGAGAGGAAGGUCCUGGUGGAGCAGAUGAGGAAGAGGUCGGCCACAAUCAACCUCAGUGCCAAACCUCUGCCUUCCUUCUACGACAUUCCAGCUUCAGCGAGUGUGAACAUUGGCCAGCUGGAGCAGCAGCUCAUCCUUUCACUGGAGCCACGCAGGAUCAGACAGAUCCUCAUUGAACUCCACGGCCUGGCUGAACGACCUUUCUGGAGGGUCAACAGCAAGUGGGAGGUUCCUCCAGACUACAUUAAUGUGAUCCUCGGCAUUAAAGACAACCUGACCAAGGACCUGGUUUAUAUCCUCAUGGCCAAAGGACUCCACUGCAUUUCAAUAAAGGACUUCACCCAUGCACGGCAGCUUUUCUCAGCCUGUCUGGAGCUCGUCACAGAGUUUUCCCCAAAGCUGAGGCAGGUGAUGCUGAAUGAGAUCUUGCUGCUGGAGGUCCGCGCACACGAGGCGAUGGCGGCCGAGGGGAGCAAGGAGCGGCCGCCCCCUGACUUGGUCAGCAGGGUCAGAGGUUACCUAGAGAUGAGGAUUCAUGAUCUGCCUCUACGUCAGGUGGUGGGAGAGGAGUGUGUCGCCUUCAUGUUGAACUGGAGGGAGAACGACUACCUGACUCUGCAGGUGUCACAGUCUCUGGUCAUGAACAACCCGUACAUCAAGCUUGGUCAGCUCCUGGCAUCCACGUGUAAGGAGCUUCCAGGUCCUAAAGAAAGUCGGCGCACCGCCAAGGAGCUCUGGGAUGUGGUGGUUCAGAUCUGCAGCAUCUCCAUCCAACACAAGAGGAACAGCGACGGCCGAAUUGGCCUCAUUAAACAGAGAGAGUCCUCCAUGGGCAUCUUGCACAGGAGCAAAUUCAUCACUUUCACCAAGAAAAUUAGAGAGCCACUGGUGCUGACGACUCUGAUCUCACUGUUUGUGAGACUCCACAGUAUAGUCAGGGAUGACAUUGUAAAUGAAGUUACUGCAGAACAUCUCUCCAUCUGGCCAUCUUCUCUUCCAAACAUACAGGCAGUGGAUGUGGAAGCUGUGGCUGUGACAGUCAAGGAGUUGGUUUCCUAUGCUCUCACUCUAAACCCCAAUAACCAAUCAUGGCUCAUCACACAAGCCGACAUCUACUUUGUGACCAAUCAGUACUCUGCAGCUCUGAACCUUUACCUGCAGGCUGGAGCUGUGUGCUCGGACUUCUUCACCAAAGCCGUCCCCCCCGACAUCUACACUGACCAGGUUCUGAAGAGGAUGAUUAAAUGCUGUUCAAUGCUGAACUGCCACACACAGGUUGCUGUUCUGUGCCAGUUUCUGAGAGAAGUCGACUACAUGACAGCGUUUAAAGCGCUUCAGGAGCAGAACAGUCACGACGCCAUGGACUCAUUCUACGACUACAUCUGGGACGUCACCAUCCUGGAAUAUCUCACACAUAUUCACCACAAACGAGGAGAGACUGAGAAGAGACAAAUAGCGAUAAAAGCGAUUGGACAGACAGAACUGAACACCAGUAAUCCAGAGGAAGUGCUGCAGCUGGCUGCACAGAAGAGGAAGAAGAGAUUCCUGCAGGCGAUGGCCAAACUGUACUUUUAGUAAACACACGAACCACUGUCAGAUUUCACAGGGUGGGGAUGAAUAUUUUAUUUUGUGGUAACAAGUACAUGGUAAUUUGUAUUAUUUUCAUCUUUUGCAAUAA